UAAUCGUUUGGUUGUGUCGACAACACCGUCUCCACGACAACAUCGCUGUCAGGAGAAGUAUCAACAAUUGUUUUGUAGCCAAUUUGAGGAGACAAUGAAAACCAAAACCACUCGAUUCGAACAUUUUUGAGCUUUUUGCUACGGCUUGCGAAUUGUUUCCAAAAAGCAGCGGUGUGUGACCGAAAACCAAACUCAAAUCGUGAAAUAAUAUAUAGCUUACAUUCAUUCAUAAUGGCUCAGGUGGCGGCAGGUGGUGGGGAUCGAGUUAAUGAAACCGAGAUGAAAGCUAUGGACGCGAAUAGAUAUGCCACGAAGAAGACAAUUGCACAGGGCAUGCUAGACAUUGCCCUGCUGACCGCCAAUGCCUCUCAGCUAAAGUACAUCCUCCAAGUGGGGGAGCAGCAUCAGUUCUACAAGCUCAUGCUUAUACUGAUCAGCCUAUCUAUAGUCAUGCAGGUGGCUGCUGGAAUACUACUGGUCAUUCAGUCCCUGAUCAGCAUGCAUAAUCCCAAGGACAGAAGAUUUGGCUUCACCAUCAACCAUUUUGUGGACGCCUUUAUAUUCCUCUCCGUUUUCUGCGACAUUAUGAAGAUGAAUUUCGGGCUUGAUCCAGCUAUUCCUCACAGCACCGAUGACGAUGUGGAGCUCAUAAAGCCCUAGGUCUAAGUUCAGUGAUCGGCGUAGCCUCUGAUUAUUAUAGAUGUUUUGACUGAACCAUUAUUCACACCUGUCUAUCUUGAUAUUCAAGUUUUGUUACUGCUCCUAAACUUACCAGAUAAAAACCUUUUUCAAAA